UCCAUUCAGCGCGGUGAUGGGGUGUAAUGUGAUAUGGAGGGGGCGGAGCUCUACAUAACCCGAGUGAGGCUGAGCUUCGGGCUCUGCAGUUCUUUCGCAGCGCCUGAGGAGGAAGAGCAGGAUCAGCUGAAUUACAGAAGAAUAAACAACCAGGAUAUUUAAUAAAUAGCAGUGUUAAACUGCUGAAAGAGGUGAAGCACAAGCCAUCCAGAAGAAUCUCCUGAAAACGCAGAAAUUGUUUGCUACAUUUCAGACAGAUGGAGCCAAGUCCCAACAUGGAGAAACAUCAGCACUUUGUCAAGAGUUUUACUAAACAGAGUGAUCUCAAAAAACACCAGCGCAUUCACACAGGAGAGAAACCGCAUCACUGCUCAGACUGUGGGAAGAGUUUUACUGCACAGAGUACUCUCAAAAAUCACCAGCGCAUUCACACAGGAGAGAAACCGUAUCACUGCUCAGACUGUGGGAAGAGUUUUACUGAACAGAGUAGUCUCAAAAAUCACCAGCGCAUUCACACAGGAGAGAAACCACAUCACUGUUCAGACUGUGGGAAGAGUUUUACUCAACAGAGUACUCUCAAAAUACACCAGCGCAUUCACACAGGAGAGAAACCGUAUUACUGUUUCGACUGUGGGAAGAGUUUUACUAAACAGAGUACUCUCAAAAUACACCAGCGCAUUCACACAGGAGAGAAACCGUAUCACUGCUCCGAUUGUGGGAAGAGUUUUACUAAACAGAGUAAUCUCAAAAUACACCAGCGCAUUCACACAGGAGAGAAACCGUAUUACUGUUUCGACUGUGGGAAGAGUUUUACUAAACAGAGUACUCUCAAAAUACACCAGCGCAUUCACACAGGAGAGAAACCGUAUCACUGCUCCGAUUGUGGGAAGAGUUUUACUAAACAGAGUACUCUCAAAAUACACCAGCGCAUUCACACAGGAGUGAAACCGUAUUACUGUUUCGACUGUGGGAAGAGUUUUACUCAACAGAGUAAUCUCAAACUGCACCAGCGCAUUCACACAGGAGAGAAACCGUAUCACUGUUCAGACUGUGGGAAGAGUUUUACUGAACAGAGUGAACUUAUAUUACAUCAGUGCAUUCUCAAAAGAUAGAAAAGUAUCCCAAAUCUGUUCCUCUGCCAUAAAAAAUGCAAACCUUAAAUCUUUCAGACAGCAAAAACACCUCAUCAUGCACAAAAUCUUCACUCUGUUACAAGAACUUCAUUUAAAAAUGGCUUUUUACAGGUUCAGAAAAAUGAAUCUUAUCCAGAGAUGAUGUUUACUGAAUUUCAUGCUGUGUUUUUAUGUAUGUUUGUAUACCUACAUUAGUUAAUGCCUGCAGAGCUCUUCAACACUUAGUGUUGUGUUUUAAGAAGUUUUUACACACAGAAUCAUAAAUGGUACCACUAACAGCUUAAACUAGGAACAUACAUUUUUACAAUUUUUUCAGUGAUAUGCUGAAUAAAUAGUAAAGCGAUGAUGCUAGCUCAGAGUAAAAUCGUAUAUUAAAUCUCAGCAUUAGCUUUAGAACUAAUAAUAAACAAAAGUGAGGAUUUUAUCAUUCUGGGACAUUUUUAGGUUUAAAAAUUGAAUAUGCUUUGCCAUAAGUAGGAAAUGAUCAUUUGGUCAGCUUAUGUCAUUUACAGCCUUAACACAUUCUCAAUUGUUUACGUAUAAAAACUUUCUUUAUUUUUUCCUCCACUCCACGUUUGUAGUUGUAGUUGGAGCGAGGGCACUGCCAGUGUUUGCUCCAGAUGUUAGAUUAGCAUUACUUAGUCUUUUAAAAUGUAGAUGUCGUAGUUUAAAGGAGUAGAGUAUUCUUAGGAGUAGAGAAUAUUCUUAGCUUGCAACAAAAGGCCAACAAAAUCCUUUUCAGAGUUAAAAAAAAAAAAAAAAAAAAACG